UGACCCCAUCUCCGCCGCCAUCAUUGUUAGUGGCAGUGAAGCCUGUGUGGAGGGUGAGGAGGGGCAUUAGCGGAGCAUCGUGGAGCAUUAAUCCGGGUCUCAGUGAGUGUCGGCUGGGCAGCAGCUAUGGUUCAGACGUGCUCAGCGUAUGGCUGUAAGAACCGCUACCACAAAGACAAAGACAUUUCGUUCCACAAGUUCCCUCUGGCACGUCCAGAUGUUUGUGGUAAAUGGGUGGCGGCGAUGAGGAGGAACAACUUCAAGCCGACAAAGUACAGCAACAUCUGCUCGCAGCACUUCACCAAAGACUGCUUCAAGAGAGAGUGCAACAACCGGGUGCUGAAGGAGAACGCUGUGCCGUCGCUCUUCACCUUCAACCUCAACAUCAAGGCCGAGUCCCUGGAGGACCCCUUCCCCUCAGAGAUCCACUUCCCUCUCUCUUUGCCUCUGACUACUGACCCGGCGAUGGAGGAGGAGCCCGGGAGGAGCCUGUCCGACCCCCGGGGCGACACGGUGGCGGUCUCCUGCGACCACAACUACACAGCGGAGGACUCUGCUCGGCAGAAGAAGCGCAUCGAGCAGCUGGAGGAGCAGUUGGGGAGUCUGAGGAAGAAGCUGAAGACCACGCAGCAGAAGUGUCGGCGGCAGGAGAGACAGCUAAAGAGGCUGAAGGCGGCAUGUGAGACGCCCAGGACCGGCCGCAAGGCGCCAGCAGCGCUGGGAGAGGGGUACGUGAUUUUACCGAAACACAUCUACCGCACACUCAAAGGCACUGAGUAACGAGGAGCAGGGGAGGAAGAGACUAGUGUGGUCCAACUGAGCGGCAGAUUAAAAUCUGCUGCAGGUUCAAUCUCACGUCUGUCAGCCGACUGUUGAAGAGCUGCUGAGCAAGGCAGCAAACCCCGAGCUGAGAGCUGAAGGACUCGCUUGUCUUCAGUUUGGGCUGCGGUGAAAUGACUGAGUCGACUCUCACUUUUAAUGACUACUUGAGCAUUUUGGUUUGUGUCAGAGGGCGCUCCGUGCUGAAAGUAUUACUUGACAAACAGCCGAGUGCUGUGACUCCCUGGAGUCUUGUCGUCACAGUGAGGUUGCUAGACGACCAGCGGAGACGCUGCACAGAAGUACUGGGCGGAUGGAUAAACUGUUCUUCAAGAAAUAGUUCCAACAUGUAACUCCCCCCAAAAUCACAAACUUCAAGACACAGCCUGUUAAUCAGUGAGCUUCAGACCGUCAGGCUAGCUGUUUCCCCCUGCUUCCAGCCUUUAAGCUAAGCUAAGCUAACCAGACAUGACGUUUAUAUGGAUCUUGUCAUUUCAGUCUCACAAAGAAAGCAAAUGAAUGUUUGUUUCCCAAAGUGUUGAACUGGUCCUUCAAAGAUCCUGGUGUGGGAUCUGGGGAUGUGAAGUGACUUUCACCUCCGUCCUGUUUAUGUUGUUCGUCUUUAGAAGAUUUGUUCCUAAAAGGAAAAACAUCAUAAAAUGAGAGCUUUACUUUUUUCAGUAUUUUUCUUCACAUAAACAUGAUGCAAAACAUCGUGUGUGCGUGCGGAAUCAUCGACCAGCUGCUCGUGCAAUGAGCUUGAAUGACGUUGAAGCCAUAACCGCUGCCGUGUGUUCCCUCCCCGGGACUACAGACAGUCUUUAGCUCGUUCCCGGCUGCACAGUUACACACUGAUGCUAACCAGGCUGUAGUGUCGUCGCACUGGGGGGGUGAAUGAAGUCUAAUCAAAAAAGUCAGUCUGUGCUGUUGAACACUUCUGUCCCACAAUGCACUCCUCUGUUCACCUCCUGCUGCCAGCGUCUUGUUCAGGCGUUGUUCAGAGUUAUAAACGGCUGUGUUCUGGUGUCUGAUAAAUCUUUAAACCAAUAAAUAUGUUUCUCAAA